AUGCCAUGUGUGCGUUGUCGGGACGGUGGCGCAGCGUGUACGUACAAGCGGUUGGACGGCGUAUCUGCAGGUGCUACUGCAUCUGUCGGAAGCAGCCAAGAUGGUACUGAGACCAGUACCGACAGGCAGCGCGUGGGCAUCUCCAUCGACUUCCUCCUCAACUUUACGAAUCCCUCGGGUUACCGCCCGUCCGCUGCCAUCGCCGCUGAGGCUGCUGAGCUCGAUGGUGCAGAUGGCGAAGCGCACGUUCAGCCAGACGCUCACGAUCAAGAUAUGACGCAUGACCAGUCGUUUUUUGAGUUCGCAGAUUUACCUUCUGUCUUCUUCAGCUUUCCGUUCGUGGUAUCUGGACGAGAAGUCGACUACGCGUCUCCGAUCAUAAGCGAUGGUCUGACACCUGAACUGGAAGAUGCGUACGCUUUCGAAGUACGCGUAAGGGAGAUGCUACAGCAGCUGUCUGCCAAGCACAGCUCGAUGCUGGAACGUGGUGAUGCAGUUGAUGCAACAUUUGACUGUCAACUUGCGGAAACCGUCUUCACAGUCGGCAAUGUGCGGCACUUUGUUUGGGCUUUCUUCCGCUACUUUCACUACUCGUUUCCUAUCCUGCAUAAGCCGACGUUCGAUAUACAGACGGUUUCUUUCCCGCUUUUACUCGCGCUCGUUUUGUUUGGGUCGCUGCCGACUCUGGAGUCUGAUACCUCCAUCGGCUUACGGCGGUUCUCACACGUUGCGGAGGCAUACGUUUUCGAUCAACUGGUGUUACAACAGACAUCGCAAGUUGAUCAUUCGGCGUGGGUCGACGAUGUGCAUCUUCAGUUAUUGCAAGCAGGUCUAUUAUUCUUGGUGUUUCUAAACAACAGCAACGACAUCGUCACAAGACGGCGAAUCCGCCUCCAGCGCAUUCCAUCGCUUGUCGCUGCUGUGCGAGCUUCAGGCUUGUUUGCGCACAAACAGCGUCACAUUAUCCCCAGUCAGGAUGAACAUGACUGGCAGGCGUUCAUCAACGAUGAGAUGCGAUCAAGGUACUAUGACCCCGUACACUUUAUGUACAUGAAGCCACUAACAAACCUCGCAGAUUGGGCAUGUGGACCUGCCUCUUCGACAGCACGCUCUCUGUAUUCUUCAACAAUACCCCACAGGUUGCCAUCUGUGAGGCGAUAG